AAUUGCUCCGAGCUUUGACGACAGCAAUCCCAGCCAUCGACACUCUUCUGAUUCGAGCCUUGGACCAUCCAUCACCGCGCCCGCCCACAGCGAGAGCCCUUGAAGCGCACGCGCUACAGGCCUUCGACCAUAUCCCGGAGCUCGACCACAUUUCAUUCACUCCCACCAGCUGAUUGACGACGACGACGACGACGACGACACACCUCCGACGCUGCGAAGAUAGACGGCGCGAAGUGCGACGACCACCUGCUCCAAUUCCAUCGCAUCACAGCAGCAGCACCUUUACAGCAAUCAUUCAUCAUCAUGUCAGAGAACUUUGUUGCGCCGAGCCACCAGCGCUACACGCGCGCGUGCAUGGUCUGCUCCAUCAUCAUGACCUACUCGCGCUUCAAGCUCUACGGCUGCCCAAACUGCCCGUUCCUGCAACUCAAAGACAGCCCCGAGUCGAUCGAGUCGUGCACGUCCCAGGUCUUCGAGGGCGUCAUCGCCAUGGGCAAGAACAGGCAGUCGUGGAUCGCAAAGUGGCAGCGGCUCGACAACUACGUCAACGGCGUGUACGCCAUCAAGGUCUCGGGGACGCUGCCCGAUGAUAUCCGGAGCAUGCUCGAGGACGAGGGCCAUCCGUAUGUCCCCAGGGAUGGCAGUGCUACGGAGCAGGAUUAGGUGGGUGGCAGGUGCCGGGAUGAUGGGAUUGCUAUGGAUUAGUCCGCGUGCGUGUACCAGAGGGCCAAAAGCGACCCCGUUGAGCAGUCUUUGGACAAUGUGAGCGUUGCGGACAGUGCAGCGCUUAGCGACUGUGAGCACGGACAAGAGAUUCUAAGGCGGAGCAGGACUGGGAACUGACAUGGCUUCUGGUGGUGAGCACGCCGGGGUCAAGGGAGAUGCCAACUCAGCGUUCGAGAAAGAAAAAGAGUUCAGCAUGGCAGGCGUUCAAGGGAGUUAUGCCUUCACACUAUUUGGAAUUUGAUAUACAGACGGCCGAUGUACGCAUCGUGCUCAAAAUCUAAACCAUUAAGCUGUA